GAAGCCGUCGCGGUUCAUAUACGGCCGCGAUUUUUUUUUCUUUCUUUCUUUUUUUUUUUUUUUAAUAUUCCCUCUCUUUGGCUCUCUCCUUCCGCGCGAGUCUCUGGAGAAGCCGCAGCUUAAGGCCUCGCUGCUGCCGCCCGAGGCACGUUCGCUUUGCGCCAUGGACUGGCAGCCAGACGAGCAGGGCCUGCAGCAGGUCCUGCAGCUGCUCAAAGACUCGCAGUCGCCCAACACAGCCACACAGCGCAUCGUGCAGGAUAAACUCAAACAACUGAACCAGUUUCCUGACUUCAACAACUACCUGAUAUUCGUCCUGACCAGACUUAAGUCAGAAGAUGAGCCAACUCGCUCUCUCAGUGGCCUCAUCCUAAAGAACAAUGUGAAGGCGCAUUACCAGAGCUUUCCACCACCUGUGGCAGACUUCAUCAAACAGGAGUGUCUCAACAACAUUGGCGAUGCCUCCUCGCUCAUCCGUGCCACCAUAGGCAUUCUCAUCACCACCAUCGCUUCCAAGGGUGAGCUGCAGAUGUGGCCUGAGCUGUUGCCCCAGCUGUGCAACCUACUCAACUCGGAGGAUUACAACACAUGUGAGGGAGCCUUUGGAGCCCUGCAGAAGAUCUGCGAAGACUCAUCUGAACUUCUAGACAGCGAUGCCCUCAACAGGCCGCUCAACAUCAUGAUCCCCAAGUUCCUACAGUUCUUUAAGCACUGCAGCCCCAAGAUCCGGUCCCAUGCCAUUGCCUGUGUGAAUCAGUUCAUAAUGGACCGGGCCCAGGCGCUGAUGGACAACAUCGACACUUUCAUCGAGCAUUUGUUUGCCUUGGCUGUGGACGAUGACCCCGAGGUGCGGAAGAACGUGUGCCGGGCGCUGGUGAUGCUGCUGGAAGUGCGGAUCGACAGGCUCAUCCCCCACAUGCACAGCAUUAUCCAGUACAUGCUGCAGAGGACCCAGGACCACGAUGAGAACGUGGCCCUUGAGGCCUGCGAGUUCUGGCUGACACUGGCUGAGCAGCCCAUCUGCAAGGAAGUCCUGGCCUCCCACCUGGUCCAGUUGAUCCCCAUCCUGGUAAACGGGAUGAAAUACUCGGAAAUCGACAUCAUCCUGCUCAAGGGGGACGUGGAGGAGGAUGAGGCAGUCCCCGACAGCGAGCAGGACAUCAAGCCACGUUUCCACAAGUCACGCACAGUGACACUGCCCCAUGAGGCUGAGAGGCCUGAUGGCUCUGAGGACGCAGAGGAUGAUGAUGAUGACGAUGCUCUGUCUGACUGGAAUCUGAGGAAGUGCUCAGCAGCUGCGCUGGACGUCCUGGCCAAUGUCUUCCGGGAGGAACUGCUGCCCCACCUGCUGCCCCUGCUCAAGGGUCUCCUCUUCCAUCCUGAGUGGGUGGUCAAGGAGUCAGGCAUCCUGGUGCUGGGUGCCAUUGCUGAGGGCUGCAUGCAGGGCAUGGUGCCCUACCUGCCAGAGCUGAUCCCACACCUCAUCCAGUGCCUGUCAGACAAGAAGGCCCUGGUCCGCUCCAUCGCCUGCUGGACACUGAGCCGCUAUGCCCACUGGGUGGUCAGCCAGCCUCCCGACAUGCAUCUCAAGCCUCUGAUGACAGAGCUGCUCAAGCGUAUCCUGGACGGCAACAAGAGGGUACAGGAGGCGGCCUGCAGCGCCUUCGCCACCCUGGAGGAGGAGGCCUGCACGGAGCUGGUGCCUUACCUCAGCUACAUCCUGGACACCCUCGUUUUUGCCUUUGGCAAGUACCAGCACAAGAACCUGCUCAUCCUCUAUGAUGCCAUCGGCACCCUGGCCGACUCUGUGGGCCACCACCUCAACCAACCGGAAUAUAUCCAGAAGCUGAUGCCUCCACUGAUCCAGAAGUGGAAUGAGCUCAAGGACGAAGACAAGGACCUCUUCCCUCUGCUAGAGUGCCUGUCAUCAGUGGCCACUGCCCUGCAGAGUGGCUUCCUGCCCUAUUGUGAGCCUGUGUACCAACGCUGCGUUACCCUGGUGCAGAAGACACUGGCCCAGGCCAUGAUGUACACCCAGCACCCUGAGCAGUACGAGGCCCCUGACAAGGACUUCAUGAUCGUAGCGCUGGACCUACUCAGCGGCCUGGCUGAGGGCCUGGGUGGGCACGUGGAGCAGCUGGUAGCCCGCAGCAACAUCAUGACACUGCUUUUUCAGUGCAUGCAGGACUCGAUGCCUGAGGUCCGGCAGAGCUCCUUCGCCCUCCUGGGAGACCUCACCAAAGCCUGCUUCAUCCACGUCAAGCCCUGUAUCGCCGAGUUUAUGCCUAUCUUGGGCACCAACUUGAACCCUGAGUUCAUCUCUGUCUGCAACAAUGCCACCUGGGCCAUUGGUGAGAUCUGCAUGCAAAUGGGGGCAGAGAUGCAGCCCUAUGUGCAGAUGGUCCUCAACAACCUGGUGGAGAUCAUUAACCGGCCCAACACGCCCAAGACGCUGCUGGAAAACACAGGUCGCCUGACGAGUCCCUCUGCCAUUCCAGCCAUCACCAUCGGCCGCCUGGGCUACGUGUGCCCACAGGAGGUGGCACCCAUGCUGCAGCAGUUCAUCCGGCCUUGGUGCACAUCCCUCAGGAACAUCAGGGACAACGAGGAGAAGGACUCAGCCUUCCGAGGCAUCUGCAUGAUGAUAGGCGUCAACCCCGGGGGUGUCGUGCAGGACUUUAUUUUCUUCUGCGACGCUGUAGCCUCCUGGGUGAGCCCGAAGGAUGACCUUCGGGACAUGUUUUAUAAGAUCCUCCAUGGCUUCAAAGACCAAGUUGGGGAGGAGAACUGGCAGCAGUUCUCAGAGCAGUUUCCGCCGCUGCUUAAGGAGAGGCUAGCUGCCUUCUAUGGGGUCUAGACGAGCAUCGAGCAUCGAGACUGCCAGGUUUCUGUCUGCGUCGUCGCCAGAGGGGUUGCCGGGGAGCGCACUGCGUCCAGAAGUUGCCGUGCCCUGGUCGAGGGGGGUUAGGGAGGAGUGAGUGGGACCUAAAUCCAGACGCCUUCCCCGUCUAUCUACCUGCCGCUGCCGGCCCAUAGGCCGGUCAGCGGGUGGGCAGGUGGGUGGGGCCUCCACGCUCAUCCUAUAAAUGGGAGGGGGGUGGGACUUCUUGGCAGCAAGGGCCCCUUGCUCUAAUUGGGGUCACCUCAGGCAGCCUUCUUGGAUAUGCCUUGUGGGAGGGAAGAAUCAACACGGCCGACCAAAUCCGGCUUAGGAUGAGGCAAGGGAAAAAGCAGGCGGGGAGGGGGUCCUUGUAGAGACACGUAAACUCACACGUACACACGUGGCUACACGCAUGUGCGGGCGCUGCAGCCAGCCAGGCUGGGCCAGCCACCCCACCAUUUCCCCGACUGCAUGGAGACAGUAGAAUUAGUGAACCCCUCAGUUAACUCGUAAGGCCUUCCGUGUAACCUGCAUCUAGAGUUUAAGAAGCUUCUGCUGUUUUGCCGGAAUUGGCGGUGAUUGGGGAGGGCUGGGUGGGUUCGGGACCUUCGCUGGGACCCUGGGGCCGGGGGAAGAGGACGGCCACCUUGGGGCUGUCCAGUCAGCACGUGCACGCUUUGGACCUGCUCUGCACACUUCUUGCCAGCUCUGUGGCAGCCUCAGCCAGUGUGUCCCCUUCCUUUUCCUUCCCAGCCGGAAGAGUGGGGACCACAGAAGUGGCCGGGGCUGGCCAGAGGUCACUCUUUCUUCCUCCCCUGUGCUCCAGCAACUUUCGAAGAUGCUGGACUGGGACAUUUUUCCCCCUGAAAAGAGCCGGGGGCAGCCAGAGCUGCUAACACCCACCUCCUCCAUGAGCAAGUCUGUUUCUCUGCUUCUGAGAACCCUCUUCCAGGCCUAAGUUUCAACACAAGGGCCAGGGCUGGGGCAUUUAAUUGGUGGUGACAGAGGACAAAGGUUUUUGCUUUGCAAGCAAGAAGAAAACUGAAGGCUUAAGGGUGGUGUACCCCCUGACCCCACUCUGGGACUUCCUGGUCAUCACAGCUCCCAGGAGGUCUCAAGACCCUACCAGAUUGGGGUAGUGAUUCUAGGGAAACUUCUCAGAUUGGUUGGGGAUGUGGUCACAGUGGGAGAGGCUCCCCUACAAAGGGAGGGAUGUGUUUACUUCCCAGUUGGCCUCAGAACUGAAACCAGGCCCUGCAGCCCCCUUAAUGUCGUUUUCCUUUUUCUCUUCCCUGCUUUCCGCUUAUUUCGGGAACUCUUUUACGGUUUGGGGGAGGGGAGUUGACUGGAUACUUGCAUCCUGGGGCCUUCUCCAUCCAUCCUUUAGGAGCCCUGGACCACACCCCCAUCAUAGCCCUGUGUCUUCUGUCAGACAGGGUCAGGCCCUGCCUCUAUGCCCAGGGGCACUUGGUGCACAUUCCAUAAACUCAGCUGGUUCCCCCACUGUGAAACUCCAGCAGGUCUCUGGAAGCCAUUUGUAAAAAAGAAAAGAAAAAGAAAAAAAAAUUAAACACCAUUUAAUUUUCUGGUAAUUCCAGUUCUUUGGAGCAUCCUCUGCUGGGUCUUGGGGGUGUGUAGAUUGGCUGUCUGGUGGGAUUGGUAACCCCUUCUCCACCCAGGAGGGGGGAUCCAGCCACCUUCAGGGAAGGGGAGCCUGGUUCUAGUUAUCUUUUUUCUUUCUUUUUUUUAAUUAAGAAAACUAUUUAAUUUUUUUAACUUAUUUUUGGUUGAUUUUUGCACAACGAAGUUUCAGCUUCUCAACCUUUUCCCCUGCCCAGGGCUUCAGACCCUGACUGGCCUCAACCUUCAGUCCCUUUUUCCCAUAUCCCUCUUUCCCCCUCAUCCUCUUCCUCCUGCGGGCUCCAGGGUCUGUCCAUUUGUUACCGUGCUGUGCUGGGGAUUAGCGCCAAGGUGGCGUGAGAUUCCACUUGUGUAGAACUUUGUUGAGUAAAGAUCAGUUUCUUGUGAAA